AAUGGUCUCUCCCCUCCCCAGCUCACUGAAGCUCCCUCCAAAAUCAAAUGAAGAGACUCCAGCAUCUCACAGAGGAAUCCUAGUGAAAGUAUUGAAACAGAUCCUAGGUUUGCUGAGCCUCCAGGUGCUAAGCGAAGAAACAAAUGAUUGCAAGGAAGAAGGGAAGAUUUCCCUAGCCACUGCCACCUCCACCAAGAAACCACCCACGAAACGGACCAGAUGGAACUUGUUGAAAUGCACUUACAUGAUGGUCACCUUCCUGUUUGUGUCCUACAGCAAAGGAGACUGGUGUUACGGUCACUCCUGCAGCACGGAAGUGGACAUCAGGAACGACCCCUGCUGCUCUUUCUAGCGACCCUGCUCCGUCCCCUCUGGGCGGUCGCCAGUCCUUCAUCUGCCCGCUAGUCUCUCCUCCAAGAACCCUGUCUGCCCGGGACCGCCAGUUUGGAGAGUGACGGACUGGGUCCUCUGAGGGGUGACACCUGUCUCUGCAGGAAGGUGUCCCUGAGGGUCCUGAGGAGGUGGACCCAGGGCGAGCGAGGGCCCUUAGGGGGCUUUCCACACCGCUGUCCGUGGCCUCUUCCCACCCCCCCACCCCCACUGUUUCUCUGAUUAAAUGUACACUAAUUGAGACCGUGA